CAUCAAUGAAUUAUGCUGUUAAUAAACAUUACAAACAUUACAAACACAAACAUUACAAUGACUGUACCAGUUCCAGGAAUACAAAUUGCCAUUGAUAGAGGUGGAACCUUUUGUGAUGUCAUUGCAAAAAUUCCUAAUCAACCAGAUUAUGUAUUUAAAUUACUUUCGGUAGAUCCUCAAAAUUACCGAGAUGCCCCAACUGAAGGUAUUAGAAGAAUUUUAGAAAAAGUUCUGGGUAGAUCAAUUCCGAAGGAUGAAAAGCUUAAAUUGAAUUUAAUUGAAAGUAUUCGUAUGGGUACAACUGUUGCUACGAAUGCUUUAUUAGAAAGGAAAGGUGCUGAUGUUUUAUUAGUAACUACUAAAGGUUUUAAAGAUGUAUUGGUAAUUGGAAAUCAAACUAGACCAAAUAUUUUUGAUUUAACCGCUAAAAAAUUAGGACAUUUAUAUAAAAAAGUAGUUGAAAUCGAUGAAAGAGUUACUAUUGAGAAUUUUAUUGAAGGUGGAGGUGAUAAAUUAAAAGUAGAUAUAAAUUCUGAUGCUCAACUUCUUGUUGGAGUAACUGGUGAUAUUAUUAGAAUUAUAAAAAAACCUGAUUAUGAUUUAGUGAAACAACAAUUACAAGAAAUUUAUAAUCAAGGACAAAUUAAAUCAGUUGCUUUAUCACUUCUACAUUCAUAUACUUACCCAGAACAUGAAGCCAAUAUUGCUAAAAUUGCUAAAGAUAUUGGAUUUAAAGUAUCAGUAUCUCAUGAAUUACAACCAAUGAUUGGACUUGUUAAUAGAACUUCAUCUACUGUGGCUGAUGCUUAUUUAUCACCAAUUAUUGAAGAAUAUAUUCAAAAUUUUGGUAAUGGAUUUGAAGGAGGUCUUGAUGCAUUUGGGAAUAAAUUAUUAUUUAUGCAAUCAAAUGGUGGUUUAUGUCCAUGGUAUAAAUUUACUGGACUUAAAGCCAUUCUUUCUGGACCUGCUGGUGGAAUGGUGGGAUUUGGUCAAACAUGUUUUGAUAAUAUUUCUGGUAAGGCAACCAUUGGUUUUGAUGCUGGAGGAACUUCAACUGAUGUUUCAAGAUAUUCAGGUAAUUUAGAACAUAUUUAUGAAACUGUGGUAAGUCAAGUAGCUUUACAAACUCCUCAAUUAGAUAUAUCAACUGUAGCAGCAGGUGGUGGAUCUAUAUUAUUUUGGAGAAAUGGUAUGUUUGUGGUUGGACCAGAAUCAGCAGGUUCAGAUCCUGGUCCAGCUUGUUAUCGUAAAGGGGGUCCAUUAACUGUUACCGAUGCUAAUUUAUUUUUAGGUAGACUUUUACCUGAUUACUUUCCCAAGAUAUUUGGUCCAAAUCAAGAUUUACCGUUAGAUUAUGAACUUACUAAGAGGAAAUUUGAACAAUUAACUAAAGAAAUUAAUAAGGAUAAAGCAUCUGAAGGAGUUUCAUUAACUGCUGAAGAAGUUGCGUCUGGAUUUUUAAAAGUUGCCGUAGAAGCUAUGGCAAGACCAAUUAGAAAUUUAACUGAAGCUAAAGGAUUUCAUACAUCAGAUCAUAAUUUAGCAUGUUUUGGAGGAUCAGGAGGUCAAUUUUCAGUAUCUUUAUCAAAGAAUUUAGGAAUUUCUCAUGUAGCCAUUCAUAAAUAUUCUUCAUUACUUUCAGCUUAUGGUAUUCAAUUAGCUGAUAUUGUUAUUGAAAAGCAAUCACCAGCAUCGUUUAAUUAUUCACCCGAGAAUUUUGAAAAGAUUGAUUCUAAAAUUAAUACUUUAGUUGAAGCAGCACAAGAAGAACUUAAAGCUACUGCCCUUAGCAAUUUUAAAACUAGAUUGGAAGUUUAUUUAAAUAUGAGAUAUGUUGGAUCAGAUACUCAUUUAUUAAUUCCCAGAUUACAAGGAGAAUAUGAUACUGAUAAGAAAUUUAUUGCUAGACAUAAGAGUGAAUUUGGAUUUAAUUUAGAUAGAAAUGUCUUAGUUGAUGAUGUUCAAGUAUUAUUAUAUGUUGAAAAUAAUCAAAAACAACUUCAUAAUCCAUUUGAGGAAUAUAAUAAAUUACAAACAUCAUUUGAAGUAAAUUCUACUGAAAAUAUUCAACCAAUUUAUUUUGAAAAAGAUGGUUGGCUUAAUUCUUCAGUUCAUCAAUUACCCAAUUUAAAUCAUGGAUCAAUUGUAUAUGGUCCAUCGAUUAUUAUUGAUAAAACUCAAACUAUUAUAGUUGAACCUAAAUCUAAAGCAGUAGUAUUAUCGGAUCAUAUUCUUAUACUUGUUGAACUUGAAAAUGAAAGUCAUAUAUCGGCUGAUGUGGUUGAUCCAAUUCAAUUAUCAGUAUUUGGUCAUAGAUUUAUGUCUAUUGCUGAACAAAUGGGUAGAACUUUACAACAAACGGCUAUUUCAACUAAUAUUAAAGAAAGAUUGGAUUUUUCUUGUGCAAUCUUUGAUGCUGAAGGGGAUUUAGUUGCUAAUGCUCCUCAUGUUCCAAUUCAUUUAGGAGCUAUGUCAUUUGCAGUUAAGGCUCAAAAGGAAAUGUGGGAAGGUAAAUUAGAACAAGGUGAUGUUUUAGUAACUAACCAUCCUCUGGCAGGUGGUUCUCAUUUACCAGAUAUUACAGUAAUUACUCCUGUAUUAGAUAAAGAUAAUAAACCAAUCUUUUGGACAGCUUCAAGAGGUCAUCAUGCUGAUAUUGGAUCAAUUUCUGCUGGUUCAAUGCCUCCAUCUUCCAAAACUAUUUUUGAUGAAGGAGCAGCUAUUGUAACUCAUAAAUUAUGUUCAAAGGGUAAAUUUGAUGAAGUAGGAAUUACUCGUAUUUUACUUGAAGAACCUGCUAAACAUCCUGGAGGUUCAGGUACAAGAACUUUAGGAGAUAAUAUUUCUGAUUUAAAGGCUCAAGUAUCAGCUAAUUAUAAAGGUAUAACAUUAUUAUCAAAACUUGUAGAAGAAUUUAGUUUAAAUGUUAUAAAUCUUUAUAUGAAAGCUAUUCAAGAUACUGCUGAAAUUGCCGUUAGAAAUUUAUUAAAAUUAGCUCAUCUGAAAUUUGGUGGUCAUGAUUUAAAGGCUAUUGAUUAUCUUGAUGAUGGUACAGCUAUUGCUUUACAAAUUACUAUUAAUUCAGACACUGGUGAUGCUAUAUUUGAUUUUACAGAAUCAGGAGAUGAAAUCUAUGGCAAUUUAAAUGCUCCAAGAGCUAUUUUAUAUUCUGCUGUAUUAUAUGUAUUAAGAUCAUUAAUUAGUAGUGAUAUUCCUUUAAAUAAUGGAUGUUUAAAACCAAUUAGUUUUAAAACUAGAGAAGGAUCAGUUGUUCAUCCAUCGGUUGAAGCCGCUGUGGUUGGAGGUAAUGUUGAGACUACUCAAAGAAUUGUUGAUGUUAUGUUAAAGGCAUUUGAAGCAGCAGCUGCAUCUCAAGGUACUUGUAAUAACUUUACAUUUGGUAUAAAUGAUAAAGAACAUGGUAUAUCAUUUGGUUAUUAUGAAACCAUUUGUGGUGGAUCUGGAGCUGGACCUACUUGGGAUGGACAAUCCGUUGUACAAUGUCAUACUACUAAUACUAGAAUUACUGAUACUGAAUUAUUUGAAAAGAGAUAUCCUGUCAUUGUUCGAGAAUAUUCAGUUAGAACUGGAUCUGGUGGUAAUGGAUUCCAUAAAGGAGGUGAUGGAGUAAUUAGAGAUAUUGAAUUUACUUAUCCAAAUUUGGAAGUUUCAUGUUUAAUGGAAAGAAGAUCCUUACCACCAUUUGGAUUAUUAGGUGGACAAGAUGGAUUAAGAGGGAAGAAUUUCUGGUAUAAGAAGACUAAGACUAGUCCCGGAAAGUAUUCCAGAAUUUCUCUUGGAGGUAAAUGUACAGUUAGAAUUCAAAAGGGUGAUAGAGUGAUUAUUUUAACUCCAGGAGGGGGUGGAUUUGGAGCUAUAGAGCCAACUAAGGAACAAGAAGAAGACAAAAGUUCCCAAGUGCAGUAUCCGGUAAAGAGUAGUGAGCCUACUAUACUUAGUGGAAGCGUAGGAUUAAGAACCAUUACUCAGGAGACGAACUAGGCACUCAACCACCCAACUAAUUGACUAACUAACUAACUAACUAAGUAACUAAAUACUAUAUAACUAUCUUUCUCUUUCUUGCUCUUUCCUUUUUAUCGUUAAGUGUAUACGUUUUAUUAUAAAUUAUUAACUAUUGUAAAUUGUGAGUUGUGUCACUUUUGUAUGUCACUUCUGCAUGUCUGUGUCGCAAAUGUCUG